AUGCUUCAGUCAAAUAUUUCAACAACAUUUGUUUGUAGUUCAAAACGUGGAAGAAAAAAACGAAGAAAAGAAGGAAAUGAAUGUUUAGUAUGUGGAGCUGAAUCAGUUGGUAUUAAUUUUGGCGUUUAUACUUGCGCACCAUGUAAAGCAUUUUUUCGUCGGAAUGCUACGAAACUUGGUUCAUAUGAAUUUAUUUGUAAAGCAGAUGGUGAUUGUCCAAUAACUAGUGAUACACGUCGAUCAUGUAAUUGUUGUCGUUUAGCCAAAUGUUUUCGUGUUGGUAUGGAUAAAAAAUGUAUACGUACAGACGAUGAAAGACUUGAAAGAAAUCAAUUAAUUGAGUAUAAUAGACAAAAACGAGCUGAAACAAAAGAACCAAUUUAUUUAGUAAAUCUUCUAAAAUAUUCUCAUAAACCAUAUUCAUUAUUAUCAUCAAAUGAUCAAAUAUUAUUACAAAACAUAACGAAUGCAUAUGAACAAACAUGUAUAUCAUUAAGAUAUCAUGUACAUUUACAAAUGAAAAAUGAUGAUACAUUAUCAAUAGGAAAAUUUAUGAAUUCUGUUUCACAUAUGUAUAUUGCAUUAGUUGAUUAUAUUAAAUGUAUACCUGAAUUUACGAAUUUAUCUAUUAAUACAAGAAUAAGUUUAUUAAAAAAUAAUUUAAAUCAAAUAUUUCGUUUAAAUAGUGCAUUAAUUAUACAUGCAACUGGUCCAGUUGAUGAUACUAAUACAGUUGUAUUUAAACGUGUUUUUCCUGAUGAUUUAUAUUUAGAACAAUGUCGUUGUGUUUUUAAUCUAAUACCAUUUGUCUACGAUCCUAUACUUCUUAAAUUAAUAAUCAUUGUAUUAAUUUUUUCAACAAGUUUAAGUACUCGUUAUGAUAUAAAUCAACAAAUAAAUUCUAUUGAAAAUAUAUCAUCAAUACAAGAUUUUUAUAUUGAAUUAUUAUGGCGUUAUAUUUUAUACCGUUGUUCAACAUAUCGACAAAGUGUACAACUUUUAACAUUAUUUAUUACACGUUUACUUCAUUCACAAAUUGUCAAUGAAAAACUUAGUACAUAUAUUAGUCAAAUAUCACCGAAUCAAGUUAAUCAAUUAGAACCAAUUAUGAAAGCAAUGUGGCUUGAUGAAAAGAACAAAUAA